AAGUAUUGAAAGCUGGUUUUGCGAAAGCAGUGAUAAAGUGUAAGUUGUGCCGACCAGCAUUAAAUGGCUCCUGUGCAGCACGGUCGUGGAAAGAAAAGGAAACGAAGAAGAUGUCCCACCUGCUCAGCUACCUGAAAGGCCUGCGACAAGCCCACCCGACGUGGACGGCCGAGAAAAUCGUGAAGAAGUGCGAGCGGGAGCUGAAACUGAUGGUGCGGAGUGGUUGUCCUGGUGCUUCGAGGAACCCAUCUACAUCUUCACGGGCAAGUUCUCUACCUGUGGUCCCUACGUCAUCCCCUACUCCACGUAGUACCGAGCUAUACCACGUAGCAGCGAGGAAAGACGGGAAGAGUUUUAUUCCCAGAGAUAAAGGAAAAGUAGAAUCACUACAGGAAGAGGAAAGGGAACAAAGUAAUAGCAUGGCAGAUCUUGACGACGACGACAUCAGGGCUAGUACCGCUAGGGAAAAUAGUACAGCCUGCUCCGCUACACGUUCAG